AUGGAAUUCGGCGAUAUUCAAGCGAUUAUAACUAAAGCUUUUGAACAGACGAAAUCUGACCAACUUGUAUCAUUAAUUAACUGGCUUGAUGGAGAAAUUUCCAGAUAUCGAGUUUCAGGUUUAUCCUCAACACCUGCUCAAUGCGUACUGACACCAAAAUUCAAUAAUGGGCAACGUUUUACGUGUCCAUGUGGACGAUCAUUUUCAGCUGAACUCAAUAUUCGUGAAACGACACAUGUCGAAACAAGUUCUCCCCCAGCUACCCCAAUGCUAUUGCUCAAAAACGAUCUGAAACAACAACAACAACAACAUCAGCAACAGCAGCAUUCACAAGAAUCAAUAUCAAAACGACAGAGAAUAUUAAUGAUUGACCAACCGAUAUCCGUGAUUCCGACAACGACAGCUUUUCUGUCCAAUCGUUCACAUUCAUCGAAUAUGACUUCGAACUGGCAAACAAUACAACUCAAGACUUACGAAGAUAGUCCAGAAUUAAUGACCGUUGACUCGACUCGUGCUGAAAGUGAUAUCGAACUGUCUAGUGAUGAAUCACGCUGUUUAGAAGAUAUCGAGGGUGUUUUAUCGCCAGACAAAAGUGUUGUACCUAACUUUAUUUAUUCAAGUAGUUUAUGGCCAGCAUCGUUCUCACCGUCGGCUAACGGUUGUUUAUCUUACUCAACUGAUAAUCAGGAACACAAUCGACAACAAAGUCAUCAUCCUCAACAAAUGACCAAUCUAAAACCUGUUAGCAAUGAACCCUUAUCUCCAGCACUUGCGCUCAUUCAGGAAAAUGAAACUAACUCGCAAGCUUCAUCACCGACAGGACCGACACAUUUCAAAUGCACUCAAUGUCAUGAAACAUUUGAUAGUUUAUUAUCUGGACAAGAACAUGCUAACAAUGGCCUGUGCACAUCUGAUGCAACAGUUAAUGUGCUUGAGAAUUAUGAUUCUCAUCUAUCUCCUACAACGCAAUCAUCAUUCGAUCCUCUACAAGAAAAUAUGGAGGAAGUCUUGAACACACGAAUGGAUUUGAAAGCAGCUUGUCCAAUUUGUAACAAAAUAUUCAGCAGUGUUCAUACAAUGAUGCGUCACAAGACAUCAAUACAUGAUCGACAAGUUCGUUAUGGAUGCAAUAUUUGUGGGCGUUUCUUUUUUCGUAAAGAUAAACUCACAUCCCACAUGGUCUAUCAUCAAGAUUUCGAUACCUAUGUGUGUUGCUUUUGCUCGGUGGGAUGUAAAUCGCGCAUGUUGAUGAGACAGCAUUUAAAGCGAGAACAUGUGAUUUCUGGUGAAGAUGCUUGUCUCAAUGAGGUACUUCGGCGUUGUCAAGCAAAAAGAUCGUUGAAUUUAGAUGCGAAUAUGUCUAUAGCAUACGACACUGAUAGACAACUAACAUCCUUAAAACAAAAUCUAAAUACCGUUUCAGCUGAAAGCGAUAUCAAAUAA